AUCAGCUGUUGAAAAUUUCACACUUUUUAUUUACUUUUUGUUUUGGUUUACGGUUUUCUAUGUUUACAAUAAAUUGAACAUCUUUAAUUCUACAAUGAACGAAAAUUGGCCCAUGCUCGAUGCGAAAACCCAAGAAACCGAGCGGAAAAAUGAGGAACAAAAUGGGCCAAAAUUAAACGCGGAAUUUGCUGGUUUUGAUUCGAGUGCUGGAAAUAAUUGGAUUUAUCCGAGUAAUUUGCCAAUGCGUAGCUAUCAACACAAUAUUGUGCAACCAGCAUUGUAUAAAAACACAUUGGUUGUGCUGCCCACUGGGCUGGGCAAGACAUUUAUUGCAUCGGUUGUGAUGUACAAUUUGCAUCGCUGGUUUCCCCGAAGCAAGUUGAUUUUUAUGGCGCCAACGCGUCCUUUGGUCGCCCAACAGAUUGCCGCCUGCCACAAAAUAAUGCCACUGCCAGCGUCGGAUGUUGUGGAGCUAACGGGUCGCUUGCCACGCGCCAAACGUGCCGAACUGUGGCGCAGCAAGCGGGUCUUCUUUGCCACGCCGCAAGUGGUGCAAUCGGAUAUGUUGGAGCAGCAGGAACAAGCAGAUGGCUUCCAGUUUCCCUACGAGGACAUCAAGUUGCUCGUCGUGGAUGAGGCGCAUCGGGCCAAGGGGCGAUAUGCUUACACGCAGGUCACUGAAUCGCUAAUGGCCCGAAAUCCGCAUUUUCGGAUGCUGGCUUUAUCUGCGACGCCCGGACGGACAAUGGAGGAUGUGGCUGCGGUGUGCAGGAAUUUGUAUAUCUCGCAUUUGGAGGUGCGCUGCGAUGAUUCGAUCGAUGUGCGUCCCUAUGUCCAUCAUCGUAGUCUGGACACAAUUGUUGUGCCUCUGGCGGAUCGGAUAAAGGAGCCACGUGAGCGUCUCCUACAAAUCAUAGAUCCCUAUUUGCGUCAACUAAUCGCAGCGGAUGUGCUGAAGGGUGCCAGGGGCAAGAUUUCAAGGAAUAAUCUGCUCUACGAUCAGGCCAGGUUUAUGGAGCGUGCCGCCACCGAAUCCCGACGCCAUCCGGAGCAUAGCGAGAUUGUUGGCAACUUUGCCAUGUGCAUCAGUUUGUAUUAUGCGCUGGAGCUGCUGGAGCGACACGGACUCCGUGUGUUUGUCAAUAAUUUCGAGGCGGAUGACAAGGGACACGAAAAGCUCGUGUUGCGAGAUGCGGCGCUCAGGGAUCUGGUGGAGCAGGUGCGUCAAGAACUGGGUGCAAAUCCACUGGAUCAUUCCACACACACCAUGACCAAUGGACAAGUGGCACCAAUGCCUGCCACACUCGAUUUUGGACAUCCCAAAUAUGAGCAGGCGCGCCAAGUACUGCUCCAGCAUUUCGAGUCGCAGUCGGAAUCGCGUGCCAUUGUUUUCUGUGAAUAUCGUGAAUCGGUGAUGCUGAUUCAACGUUUACUGCUCCAGCAUCGUCCGCUGCUGCGUCCUCGCUGCUUUGUGGGUCAGAGCAGCAACGGGGUGGGAAUUUGUGCGCUGACGCAAAAGGAACAGCUGCAAGUUAUGGGGGACUUUCGUGGGGGCAUCUGCAAUGUGCUGGUGGCCACCUCCAUUGCCGAGGAAGGACUCGAUGUGGGCGAGGUCGAUUUAAUUGUCUGCUUCGACAUUAGCAGCUCGAAUCCGACGCGCUUUGUGCAACGGAUUGGACGCACUGGCCGCAAGAAACAGGGUGCGGUCGUCAUGUUGGUCACCGAGGGACGCGAGCAGCAGCUGCUCAAGGAGGUGCUGGCGAGCAGGGAUCAGACGAAUCGCAAACUGCACACAUCGACCCUAAUUAAGGCAUCGCUUUAUCCACACGCGCCACGCUUGGUGCCCCCCCAAUUUCACCCGCGUUGCGAGCAGCGUUUCAUGGAAGCUGCAACUCCGGCCAAGUCCAAGACUCCCUCGCCCAUGGUCAAGGGACGCAAGCAGCCUGUGCGCUGCCAUGAUUUGCGUAAAUAUUUUAAGCCGAGUCAGGAUCGUUUUCAGCAAGAUCAGCCUGCCUACAAACCGAGUGAGGCAACACAGCAAAUGUUGCAAGAAAGGAUGGCGCAAAAACCUAUGACAAUUGACAACUUUCUGCAGAGCACGCCAGUUGCAGCAGCACCAGCAGCAUCAGCUGCUCCAAUCCCAGUCCUGGAGGAGUCGCAACGUCUGCGAAAGCUGCAAGGUUUGUUGCAUGCCACCAAGCCAUUGAUUAGCGAAGCGCAGUGCAGCCAGGAGCUAGUUGCACAGCUGCAGGACAAACAGUUGCCACAGCCACUCAAAUAUUAUCUGCUCGAAUGCAAUGUGCCAUUUGUGCGGGAAACGCAUGCGAAGAUGCAAUGCCAACAGCAGCUGCAACUUGCCGAGGCACGUUUGAAUACGCGGCAACAACGCACCCGUCGCAGCUACGAACUGUUGCAGGAUGUGUGCCAAGGUCAGCUGGAGCAGCUGCUCCAAACCGAAACCAACUCGGCGGAACUAAACUUCAAGGAUCUGCAGAUGACGAGGACGACGAGGAAUCAGUCUGCCCUCUUUGAGGAUAUUUUUAAGGAUCUGCCGGAUCGCGGUUUGUGUGUGGACAACCAUGAGCUGUUGCAACAGGAAUUGGAGCAACUGGAAGAGCGUCAAUUGGAGCUGACAAUCAGAAACUGGGAGCAAUUGAACAAUGAAAUGUUCGAGGAUUCCUGGGAUGAGGAUGAAAUGGAAACCCUGCUCGACGAAUCCUGCAAGGAAAACUCUUCACUCUCUCAGAGCCAGUGGCAGGAUAACAAAACCGUGGACAGCUCGACACCGUUGCGGCAAGUGAAGCAGGAGCCAACACCUGGCCUGGAAUCCAAUUUGAAUCGCCCCAACUGCCUCUUGGCUGAGCUGGAUGAGGAUCUGUCUGUUUUUGAGGAAUUAGUAGAGCAACCAGAGGAGAAUCUCGAUCUUGAUCUCAAUGAUUUUCUAGAGCCACUGCCUGAGGAGCAGCUGCUCCAAAGGACGCCCCCCAAAAAUGAGCCACGCAAUUUGUCGCCCGAUCUCUUUGCGGAUGAGUCCAGCUCACCAUGGAAACCGAAGGCACCUGAAACGCCUGCCAGCAAGCAGGAGGUAGCUCAAUCCCCGCAGCGUGCAGCGGGCAGCCAAGCUGCUGUCCUGGAGCGUUCGCCUAGCAUAUUCGAGAGCUAUUUGCGUGGCAUGCGUGGACGUGGCCAGCUGUCCAAGGAGGCGCAACGCAUACAUCAAAUGACCAGCUUGGCUACUGUUAAGCAGGUGGAGCAGGAGCAGGAGCAGGCGCAGGAGGAGCACGAGCAGGACUCACCAAUUGUGCGCCGGCGGUCAGCCAAGCGCAAAAUCUACGACAUCUCCGAUGACGAAGACGAGCAGGUACCUGAGCUAGAGCAGGAUGUGCUCUGCACACAGCUCCCGGCUGAUUAUAGCUUUGAAGAGGUGCCCGCCACGCAGCUGCCGCCUACACGCAAUCGUUGCAAGCGUCGAAAAUGCAAUCCUUUUGUGCUGCAGGAGGCGGCACAAAGUGGCUCAGAUGACGACGGGGAUGAGGAGGCGGAAGACACAAUUGGCGCCUACCUCAAGGACUCUGUGAUCGUCUCCAGCGAUGAUGAGGAUCAGCGGCAGCAGCAGCAUAAUGACACCAAUGCACAUGCCAUGUAUCUGCAGGCCAGCAGGAGUCCCUUGCCUCGUCCGGGCGCCUUUAAGAUGCCAGCGCCGCGUUUGUUUAACGAUGCCUCCAUUUACUCGCAGGAUGUGGAAGCGGAGCCAUCACAAUAUUAUCCCUGCUCUUUUGUGGUCAACGAUGAUGAGUUGAGCCAAGAUCUAAGCGAGUGUCCUUUGGAGCGUGCUGAGCGUAUCCUAAAGGAGCAACGCAGACAGCGACGACGUGGCCAAGUCCAAACUCCCCCAACUAAUGGCAAAAGGCGACGCAUUCAAAUCGUCAGCGAUUCCAGUGACGAUGAUGAUGUGAUCUUUGUUGAUGCCUUAACUUAAGUGUGAUCAGUUUGAGAGCUGUUCCCAUGACUGCUUCUCUUUGUGAGUUCCUUUGAGAAUGAUAAAGUUGUCUUUGCUAAUGCCUAAUCACAAGUGUUCCCAACGGGUUUCUAAGUGCUCCCACUUCAGCUAGACAGCUGUUCCCAUUGCUGCUUGUCAGUUUGAAUAAUGACUCGGAUUUAUCUCUGUUUAUUUGUUAUAUAUAUAAUCAAUAACAAGUUAAGUUGAAGUACUUUA